GCCAGCUAGAUCCCAGUAAACGGGCCGGGUCCCCGGGCGCACCUUCCUCCAAUUAACCAGGCAGCCGACUUCAUUUACCUACUUAAAGAGUAAAAGUUUAGCCCCAGUCGCUUGGCCUUUUGGCUGACAAACUGCAGCGGCAAUGGAGGCCGUACUCCUAUUUCCAAAUGCCAUUUUGCCGGUGGAUCCGUUGGCCGUGGUGCUAAUGCCCCCGACUUCUAGUUCCCCUCGGCUAAGCCGCCCCUCGACUUGUCACGCUGCCACCGACUCCGAAGUCGAAUCACUGAGGCUCUCUCUCUGGGAAAACCGGUUAACUGGUGGCCGGUUGGCUGGCAAAUGAAAUCUCUAUCUGCCCGGGUUCCAUAAUUUCACGCCAGUCUGCACUGAGCCGCACCGCUCGAUAUGUCCAAUUUGUGCUGGAGCCCGGCAAAUAUUUGAGAAAGUCCACCCACAACGAAAACCAGUCAGCUUGUUUUUAGAGCCUGAAAAACACCAUGGCCGACAGACAAGAAAAACCGCUCAGGCCCGUAACGAAGACGGAAGAUCCGAUUAUAUCGCAGAUCGGCGACUUCCGGCGCUACCAGUUGUUCUUCUUCUUUCUGAUCCUAUUGUGCAAGUUCGGCACCGGCUGGCACACACUUGGCCACAUCUUCCUGGCCGCCCCCACGCCCCAAUCCUGCACCACGCCCAAUGUCACGGAUCCGUGUAGUCACGAUUGCUGGGACACCGAGUUCGACACCAGCGUCUUCAAAUCCACCAUCAUAACCGAAUGGGAUCUCACGUGCGACAGGAAACAGCUGGCCAGCUUGUCCCAGUCCAUUGUAAUGCUGGGUGUCCUGUGUGGCAGCUUGAUUUCUGGCAUGCUUGCCGAUCGAGUUGGAAGACGUCCUGCUUUCCUGACCUCCUGCUUCAUGCAACUGAUCACUGGUCUGAUCGUUUGCGUGUCGCCCUACUUCUGGUUCUACUGCUUCUUCCGGUUUCUGGUGGCUGUGGCCACGGCGGGAACGAUGACCACCAGCUUCGUCUUGCUUAUGGAGAUCGUGGGUCCGAAGAAGCGCGAAAUGGUGGCCAUUUUCUACCAGCUACCCUUCAACAUCGGCCACGCCUCCCUGGCCGUGUUCGCCUACUUUAUCCGGGAAUGGCGCUGGUUCCAGUUCAGCAUCACGAUCUUCUCGGCCGUGUUCGUGAUCUACAUCUGCCUGGUGCCGGAAUCGCCGCGCUGGCUCUUCACCACCGGCAGGGUGGACAAGUCGAUCAAGAUUCUGGAGAAGAUCGCCAAGUGCAACAGGGCGCCGACGGAGACAGUGCGUCCGGAGAUCGAGGCGGCCUACGCGGCACUGGCCGCCCGUCAGCCGCUGAAGAAGGGCACCAUGCUGGACCUCUUCCGGACGCCCUUCCUCCGGGUGAAGACCAUCUGCAUGGCCAACAACUGGCUGGUGGUCUGCAUGGUCUACUACGGCACCGCCCAGUACGUCUCCAAGCUGGGCGGCAACAUCUUCGUGAGCAACCUGAUCGCCGCCGGAGUGGGUGUCCCGGGCACCUGCCUCUGCGUCCUCAUGACCAAGUUCCUGGGCCGCAAGAAGACGCUCCUGAUCUCGAACGGACUGAGUGCCGUGGGCCUGAUCCUCCUGGCCGCCCUCUCCGCCCAAGGUGACUUGGUUAAAGUGGCCUGCGCCACCAUCGGACUCUUCGGGGCCUCGGUGACCUUCCCCAAUGUCUAUCUGUACGGCGGAGAGCUCUUCCCCACGGUGGUGCGCUCCAACGGAGUGGGUCUCUGCUCGAUGAUCGGACGGAUAGGCUCCAUUCUGGCCCCGCUGAUCUGCGAUCUGGAUUCCUUUGGCCUCUGGAUAGCGCCCCUCAUCUUCGGACUGUUCUCCAUUCUGGCCAUGAUCGGCACCAUCUUCAUUCCGGAGACAAGGGGAGCUCCUCUACCGGAAACCCUCGAGGAUGGAGAGACUUUCGGUCGCAGUAAGAAGGCGCUAAACUAGACCAUUUCGCGCUGUGUAACAAAUCGGUAAGGCGAGAAUUCAUAAUUUUCGAGCCCAGCCAAACCAUUAAUGCCUGGGCUCCAAAAUUUAUUAAAUUUCGACCUUAGUUGCGAUUUAUGCGAUGCGAUAUGUCAGUCAGCGCGCGAAUUGCCGUUCGUGCCGCAAACAAGAGGCGAAAAAAAUUGAAAAAUCUAGCGAAUGCAAAAGGUAAUUACCGCGGAGUAACUUCCACUUCGUGAUUAUUAAAACUGGGUUAGCAGUCUGAAUCCAGCCUUAAUGUCGAGGUGCAAAGCAGCCAAAUAGUUAACUGGCAGUGUUCAGCAAGCCCGCCAAGCGACUGGGAAUGCAAACUUCGCAUGUGAACCCAAUCGAUAGCAAAAUAGCAUGGAAAUUACACAGUCGAAACCAAGGAGGAUGUGGGAACUAUUUCUUAAGCCAAACUACAUCUCUCAAGUCAUCUCCAGCCAUAACCGAAGCUCUUAAACUGGAAUAUCCCUCAUCAGUCUCUUUAAGUCUAGAUCAUUAAGUUCGGUAGUACAAUUAAUUGUUUUGUAGCAUUGACUUAUAUCGCAAAAUCAUUUUUCCAAUAUGUAAGUAAUUUAAGAACAAAUAAAUGGCAUUUUAGCAUUUCAUUUAAUAAA